UUUUCUCGGUAGCUGUGUUGGUGUACUUGUAUGAUCGAGGGCUGGGGAAUUCAAAUUAAAUCAACCAUUUUUAAACUACUGUCAGGACUUUAAUACAUUCCAGUUCAACACAGAGGCUACAUGUUUGUAUCCAACCAGGCUGCUUUGCUAAAUGAGGUAAACAUCUCUGUCUCUCAAAGCUUCUCAGAGAAGAGAGCUGGUUAAUUAUCUAAUCAGCGCAUCGCUUCUGCAGGUGUGUCUAUUUAGUAUAAUCUGCUGCAGGUUACCUUGUAGGUCUGAAAUAAUUGCUGGAGAAAACAAAAAUCCAAAAAUAUUCGGCUGAGAGCAGGACACAGAAGAAUCCACAGGAAUCCUUGAAACCAGUGUUAUUUCUCGUUCCAGGCGAAUAAGAUGCGCCCAUAUGAGUUGAGACAGAGUAUUAGAUGCCCUAAAAAGUAUGGGGAGAUUAUUAAGGAGAGGAACUUCUUGCUGGCUCCACCAUUCGAUUUGGAGCUUAUGUUUGAGGAGCGGGACUCCCAGAAACCCCUGGAUGAGAGAUACAUCAGGAACGCUGCGGUUCUUCCGGAUCUCUCUGAUCUGGCGCGCAGGCCCGAAGCUGGCAUGAUGGACGAGAGGGCCUCCAGCGGUACUCUGAUGAUCCAUGGUUAUUCGGUGGAAGACUUCCAGCAAACCUAUCACUCCGUGGUGGAUCCCCUGCUCUACAGACCUUGUGGGAAGGUCAGGCCUUACAGCCUGGAGCUCGGGUUUGCCAUCAAGGAACACCUGUUGGAAGAGCUGGCCUAUCCGACGCUGGAAAUUUCAGAGCGUGCAGAUGGAAAGGCGGAGGUGACGGAGAGGUUCUGUGUGCUUCGUCCAACACCUUACAUAGAAAUAGACUGUAGGGGGGAUCCGUGGUAAAAUUCUUCCAAAGACUUUCUAUGAUAAAUGUGGGCUUGAUGUCUGCUAAGCUUAUUUUCUAAUCAUGGACUUCUCUUGCUGAAUGUAGUGAACUAAUAUUUCAUUUUUCAACCAAAUCUGUACAAUCUGAAAUGUAAAAAAACGUAUCUCUUGAAACACGUAACAGUAUGAAAAACUGUGCAAGCAACGCAAUCCUUACUGUGAACUUCAAUGUGUCAUUUUAGUCUGCACGUCCUACGUCUGAAAUCUUGUAUCCAUCUAAUUCUUUCUAAACACAAAUUCCUGAAGCGAUGUUAUACACUAAUGGAUAUAUACACCAACAGAUUAAAUGACGGUAAAACGUUUCCAGAACGUUCCAGUAAGUCUUUGCUGUUUAUUGCUGGAUCCUUUACAGAGGUGUGUUAAGAAAACAGAACCUCUAGAAAGUUAAUUUAUUGAAGCAAUUAAACCCAAAAAGUGAAACUCAUAAAGAUUCCUGACUGUUUCAAGUUUUUAGUUUUUAUUUUGAGAAUAAUUAAAUUUUGAUCAUGAUUGUGUCAGCCAUAACAUAAAAUUUCUGUAUUGAAAAUCCUUUUUUAUCAGCCUUAUCUAAUCUAAUUUUCUGAGAGAACUGAAUAUUCAUUCAGUUUCAUUAGUUGUAAGCCAUAAUCUUACAACUAAAAAUUAACAGACACACUUGAAACGCAUCAUUCUGUGUGUAAUGAAUCCAGAUGAGUUUCAAUUUUUGAAUUAAACUACCACAAUAAAUUAAGUACUGAUUGAUGUUUCAAUUUAUUAAGAUGCACCUGUAGACAAUGUUUUACUUUAAUUGUGUGCUAAAAUUCAAGACCAUAUAUGCUACUUGAUGGGUACAUGCAAAUAGUUGUAUGUUGUCCUCUGAGCAAAUCAUAACAGUUCUGACCUUUAUACUAUUUAAUAGCGGGUAAAACGCUGCGUACCUCUUUAUGUUGACUUUGAUAGCCUUCAGCUAUGGCGUCAAUACCA